AUGUCGACAUCCACACGACACCGUGGCCACUCACGUUCAUCGAGCGCGAGACAGCACACAUCGUCCCAGGCCUUCUUGCGAGGACCGUUUGACCUAACGAUAGGAAACCCGCGCCAUGAGAUUGAAGAAGGUGAGAUCCCCCAGAGCGGCUUCCGCGUCAAUGUCCAGUGGUACAUCAACGAGCUCCCUCCCGCAGACGAGAUUGCGACGAUCGAGAGGAUCGCCGUCGUCGAGGCAAAGCGCCAAGGGUGCAAGGUAGUCUGCAUCAGAAGCAACAUCCACGACACCACUCGCAUGCGCGUCCCACACUCUCGUCCGGCUCGCUACGUCCACGUCUCCGACCCCGUAGGAUGGCAUUACACGGCCGAAAUGCGCUUGCCAAACGGCGACUGGCUCCCUGCCCACUUCUACACCGAGACCCAAGUCAUCAACGGCACCAAGAUCACCCGCGGACUGGACCGACGACUAGGCAAGAACAACCCGAUCGUCUGGACCACGGAUUACUUCCCUCAUGUCAAAGGUGAGUUUCGACGAGAGGUAUACUACACCGUGUUUGUCUGA